CUAAUAACAAAAGCAGCUGUUGAUGAUACCAUGGCUGAAAUUAAAAACCAAUUUCAGAUCGAUGACGCCAUCUUUUUAAAAACAAUAGCUUCCGGUUGUUCUUCAGAGAUUCACAAACUUUUGAGACUGUGUGAUCUGAAAACUACACAUCUUUCUAACCACGCCCUCAACUGGGCAGUUUUUGAGGCCUGUAAUUUACGCCACGCCCAUUUGCUCCAGUUUCUUCUCAAAGAUGGCACCCGACUGGAACUAAGAGACAACAACGGAAACACUCCACUUAUGAUUUGUUCCGCGAAAGGUUUUUCGGACAUUGUGGUUAAGCUCUUGAGGCUGGGAGCUGACGUCAAUGCUAAAAAUAACAACGGGGAUACUGCUCUGAUGCUGGCUACGUCAAGGAAAGUAAUUCAGAGUUUACUACAAGACAGCCGUUUAAAUCUAGAUGAACGAAACUCGACUGGGAACACUGCUUUAAUGUCAGCCAUCGAAACAUCUCAUUUCCUGAAGGUUUAUUUGUUGAUCAAUGCUGGAGCUUGCCCAUACAGAAGAGUAGAGGAACUCUCACAGAGUGGUUUGUUUUCUUUGAAUGUUUCAGGCGCAAGUGCUUUCGAUGUGGCCGAAAAAAUGGGUCUGGAUUACCUGCUGGAGUUGCUGUAUAGUGCCAACUUGGUAAAGUCAAAUCCUUUGCAGUUGGCGGCUGUUGAAAAUGACUUUGAGUCCUGUAUCACGUUGCGGCAGAAUUGCUUAUGUGAUAAAAAUGAAACUCAAAAUAUUCGGCCUGACAUCCUUUGUUGUGUUUUAAAACAGAUACAGAAAAGGGACGCUGUUCUCUCAACUGAUAUUGAUUUAGUUCGCGAGCUGUGCAGACUGGGCAUGGAUGUCAAUAGGUGUCAGUGCUGUCGGAAGUCACGCAUGGAUGUCGUGCUUAACAUCGGAAGCUACGAACUGGCUGAAAUUCUUUGUGACCACGGCGCUAAGGUGACUCACGACGAUCUAGUGUCUGCUAUUGACGAACGUCUCGUCCAGAUGAUUCCACUUCUGAUAAACCACGGGGCACCGGUCAACAAAUAUGACCACCUGGGCCGAGUGUCUUACGAUUGUUCAGCCCUUGAUGUAGCAUUGGAGAACUCCUUAACGGGUACAGCCAGCCUCCUUUUUAACCACGGUGCCGCGUUCGACUCAGAGUACGCUAUCUCUCAAGCUCUAAAGAGCAACGACGCAAAGACGCUCAGCUUUCUCUUGAAUGAAUUUGCUGAAGUCACAAUGGACGUAGUUCAGAAUCCAGAAACUUUCGUAAGAGCUGUGACGUUAGGAAACGUUCAGGUCAUCCAAAUUCUGUUAGAUGCAGGGCUGGACAUUAACAGGGUCCACGACAAUAAGACUCCAUUAAUGAGCGCGGUCCACAUAGAGGUCAUCAACUUUUUAUUAAACAACGGGGCUGAUGUCAAUUUGAAAACAAACACAACACCUUUGAUCAACGCGGUCUCUUGGGGUUAUUUCUCAGAUUCAGCAUUUCACAAAAAAUUAUUUCCCAUGGAAAUGGAAAAACAAAUUGUGCUAGUUGUAGAUACAUUUCUAAAAAAAGGCGCUAGUUUGGAAGACACUGAUGAGCAUGGAUGCACGGCAUUGUUCGCAUCCGUUAAUAAAGGCCUUGACUUACUGGUGCUCAAAUAUUUGCUUGAUAUGGGAGCAGACGUAAAAAACAGAAGAAACAAAGAUGGACUAACUGCAUUGCACCUUGCAGCAGCAGACAGCAAAUAUUUUUGCGCAAAGACUCUGUUGGAAUACGGUGCAGAUGUUAACCUGAAAUGUAAUGCUGGCUGCUCUCCCUUACAUUACGCUGUGGGAAACACGCCUCUUGUGACAUUGUUUCUGGAGUAUCAAGCGAAUGUGAACGCCACGGAUGACAAUGGGAACACACCGCUAUUAAUUGCAGUGAAGCGUUUUGGGGGCCCUGAAGAUAUCAUCAAACUUUUGAUAGCAUCUGGCUCCGAUGUCAACCACAAAAACCAUUCUGGCAUGUCCGCUCUAUUGCUGGCCGCAGAGAAACUAAACACAUCCAUCAUGGCAUUUUUACUUGAUGUGAAAGCUGAGUUCAAUCAAGAUGACCUGCCACAAAAGUUGACGCUGUCUAGAGUACUCGAUACCUGGUUCCCCAGUGAACAAGUAAAACAAACAGCAAUGAUACUGAUAGACCACGGAACUAGUGCAGACUUAGUCAAUCAAGUCAUCAUUCAUCGGCUCAUCGCUAUUGGUAAUGAUGGAAUUCUGAUCCAAAAAUUAAUGAAGUCCGGAGUUUGUCCAACAGACAUUGUUCUAAAGAGAACUUUCCCUGGUUGGCCUGAGACUUCAGUAUCACCACUAGCCGUUUCUUUAAUUCUAGACAGAGUUGACUUCGCUUGUUAUUUUAUCGAGAAUUGGUACUUGACGAGGUCAGACGUCAAACUCUUAUCUAGAAAUAUAGCCAUCUUGAGUUACUUGGAACAAUGCAAAUGUAAUGCACUUCCGUAUCUAGAGAAAGUUUCCCGCCAGCCAAUGAGGUUGGAGCUUUUAUGUUUCAUUGCCGUCUCGUCUGCUUUAGGCUCAGACCGAGACAGACGACAAAGGGUACAUAACUCUAAACUUCCAGCCGUAGUACAGAACCAGCUCUUGUACUCCAAACUAGAGCAUAAGGUCCUAGAACCAGUGUCUGAACUGUAUGACCCCUUUUAUAUGCUGAAAUGUCUUUAUAAAUAAAAUCGGUAAUAAAUAGCCCCCGACUUCUCCGAGCUUUUGAAAAAGAUUCUAGACAUUUAAUAUCUCAAUGAAUACAGUUCUAAAUAGUGACAUUUAUGCAACAAAUCGCAGCGGGCAAUCGAAUGUUUUCUAAAUACAAGUAAAAACCUCUUAGGAUGCUUCCAUAUUACUGAACUAUAUCUUUUGUUGAAACUUAUACAUUGCAGCUUACGUUACAGUCAAAACCCGAAGUGUAGUCAGAUCGCGAAUUGGCCGACCAUUUUGUGAAAUGGCCAAGUUGUGUGGUCAAUACCCAACGUACUUAAAAGUAAAAGUGCGAAUCUAACCUACCUCUUGGCGAAAUGUUGGCCUAUUUCAUGGCCUUUACCCGAAGUGCUCCUGCAUGACUGUCUGUUCAGCUGUGCAACUGUAGAUUCUUGUGUAAUAUCGCUUCAUUUCGCUCUGAAAAUAUUUUUUUUAUUAGGGUUAGGGUUAGGGUUAGACUUGUUUUGUUCCAGAAGUUUUAUAAUACAGCGAUUGUAUUGACACACCACACAUGUUCAA